UGAGCGAGUCGACAGCCAUCCUUCCAACAACAGUCUUUUUUUUGUUGUUUUUGUGAUCGCUUUACCAAUUCCAGCCUUCCCCUCAAAGCCAUGGCUGUCGAACACACCAGAAGGACUGAUCGCCUAUUGAUAUAUCUCAAUUACAAAUAGGAGAGAGUCAUUUUUAAAGGUUGACGGGGGAAAAGAAAGGUUGGGAUCUAGUCGGGAUCGGGAACAAAUUUUGGGAAAAAAAUAUAUUAAUAAUAGAUCGUCGAGUCACUUGUUUUUUGUACAUAGGAUUUGAUGAUAAGAAAGUUUAGAAAGAAUAAAAAAUACCAUUACUAUGGUUGAUUUACAAGUUAUAUGUUAGAUUUUGGGUCUUCGGUCUCUCGUCUGUUUGUUUUGUUUUUCUAAAUAUAUUUCUCGCCUUGUGAUUCUGAAAAAGGAAAAAUUAGAAAACGGAAAAGAAAGGUUUCUUCUGUUUGCUUCACAUGUUUCCACACUGCCUUCCUUCGUUCCAAGUUAGUCGCCGUCUAUUCCGUCUUUGAAGCUUACACCAUUACGUUCACCAAUCGUGAAAGUCCAUAAUUUGCUGAAGAUGUGUUGACUUAGCGAGUCCGAAGAGUAGGACUCGGCCGCCUCUCACCACCCCAUUGGAGCACGUAAAAAGGCCAUCAGGAGGAACAACGUGUGGAUUAUGAGCAACAUGGUAAAGGCGCGGAACUACGACGAAGACGGAUUUGUCAAGCGUGCAGCAUGUAUAUGCGUCAAUGAGGAUGAGAGCCAGGUGCUGCUGGUAUCUUCCCGCCGAGAUUCGCGCCUGUGGAUAGUCCCAGGCGGAGGGGUGGAACCAAACGAGCUGCCGGACAUCGCUGCUACUCGGGAGGUCCGCGAGGAGGCGGGUGUGUGUGGCAUGCUGGGUCGAUGCCUGGGGGUGUUUGAGAACUCUGAGCGGCGUCAUCGGACAAGUGUAUACGUUCUUGUGGUCACAGAAGAAAUGGAGGAGUGGGAUGAGUCUAAGGUGUUUGGGCGGAAACGCAAGUGGUUCAGUGUGGAGGAAGCGGUGGAGGAGCUGGCCAAGCACAAACCGAUCCAGAGCAGCUAUGUGAGCCUCCUCCUGCCCAAGGCAGCCAGGGACCACACGUGCCCCCUCUCCCCGUCCUCCUGCCAGCCUGGCAUUGCUUCUUCUCACAUCCCUAGUGUCAUCCUGCAGGAGCGAACGGGCCUCAUGGUGGAGGCAGAGAGGAAGGAGGCAGCAGAAAGAGAGGAGGUAGAGGAGGAUGGUCUGGAGGAUGGAGAGCUCAUCAAAAUGGGCGGAUGCUCGGCCGAGGACCUCAGCAAUGGCUCGACGCCAGAAGAUGGUGCCAAUGACACCUAAAGUCACCCCUUCUCCACCUUGUUCAUUUGUCAUAAGAAUGUUUUCACCUCUUCUUUUUUCCUCCCCAAUUUAUGUUAACUGUAUUCAUUCAUUGUAUUAUAUCAUUUUUAUUUUUAUUUUUUAUUUCUUAAUUUAUUAGUUAAUUUAUUUAUUAUUUUGUUUUGUUUUGUUAGGAUUCACAAGCUCAUUAAACAUGCUUUCAUAUGUGUGUGUGCUGCAAGGCCCUCCCAUACUGAGAUUAGCAGGCCAUUUUUAAUCUUUUUUUUUUUUGUUUCUUUUCGUUCACCUAUAUCAUAAUCAUCAAACAAGUAUUUAUAAAGUCUUGUUAAUUAUUUUAUAAGAUUAUUAUUCCUUCUACUCCCUCACCCCUUCACCCCCCCCCCCCCCCAUCCAUUCCUCGCCAAUGUUUUUUAGUCUAUUUUUUCUCUAUUGUUUUGAUCCUGAAGAGCAAGAUGAUAAUUCUUUUAUUUUUGUCACUGACUUGUUAUAUUACUUUUGUCUGAAAAAGAGUCAUGCGUUGGCUUGAAUUCAUUUAUUUUUCUGGUGUCCUAAGCAGACUCCAACAGAGAUAGGGAAAGAGAAGAUAAAAGAGAGGGAGAGAGAAAAAGUGAAAGUCAAGACUAAGUAGCUGAACUGAGCAAGAGAAAGAGAGAGAGAGAGAAAGAACGAGUGAAAGAGAGAGCAACUGAUUUUAUAUACUUUUUUAGAACUUCUGUGCUGUUUUAGUCCAUGAUUUGUGUGUGUGUGUGCAUGCAGGUAUAUAUAUUUGUAAAUAUCAUUGUAUUUAUUUAUGCACACAAACAGACACAUACAUGCAUAUACAUAUACCCGAUCUCCCUAUUUUGCAGAAAAACACAUGCACUUGUACUCUUACAAAUGCUUGUACAUACUCAGGUACAAUUGAAUAUGAAAUAAUUCCUGCAUGUCCCAGCUGUCUAAGCCAACUUCCUGUUGAACUUUAAUGUGACAUUAACCAGGACGAUACUUUAAUUCCAGACAAGAAAUAGAGUGGGUUCACUAAAAUUUCAGGCAGGAAAUAAGGUGACAUUCCUUUUUUUUUUUUCUUUUCUUUCUUUUUUUUCUCCCCAAAGAUCAGGCCGAUGUCACUCUAAUUUUAAGAAGAAAAUGAGUGGUUUUACUCUGAUAUUGGCAAAACUAGGUUGUCAUUCUUACAAUCAGGCAAGAAAUAGUGUGGUUUUACUCAAGUCACAGGCAUAAAAUAUGUUCUGGCAGUUCAAUUUCUUUCUUCAAUGUGUUGGACAAUGUUACUCCAAUUUCAAGCAAGAAAUAGGGUAGUUUUACUCAGAUCUUGGGCAAUAAUAGAUUGAUGUCUUGCCUUUUUAUAUGGUAAUAAUAAUUAUAACAAUAAUAAUGUGAAGUCACUCCAGUUCCAAGCCAGAAGUAUGGUAAGGAGGCGAUAUUAUCUCUUUGACGCAGGGAAUAAUAAUAGACUGAUGAUACUCAAGUUUCAGACAAGUCCUAGGGUCUAAGUAAAUUUAGAAAAGAGCAUUUCCUUAUUAUGAAGCAUUAUUUAUUGUUAAAUGAAAUGAUUAGGAAGAAACUUUGAUUGUCCGAAGGAAUAGUUUGUAUGUGUGUGUGUGUGUGUGUGUGUGUGUGUGUGUGCGUGCAUGUGUGUGUGUGAUUUUAUCUACCCCUGAUUUUCUUGGAUUUGUUAUUCAGAUGGUUUCUGAGCAUGAGAUGAAGUUCCUAUAAAUCUCAUUUUGAAUGUAAUAUGAAAUCAAGGAAUGAGUGAAUGUUGGAUAUAUAUGUGUGUGUGCAUAUGAAAUUUACUCAGUUACAUAUUCACCUUACAAUCACUUAUUCUUACACAUACACACAUGUAUGCUGUAUUUAUUGGUCUCAAUAUAUAUGUUGUGAAUCAAGUAUAAAUAAUUUAGUUGGUCCUCACAUGUAGAAUGAAAAGGUGCAAGAUUGGUGAAUUUAUUUUCGCUCAGAUACUCAGAACACUGCCAUGAGUGUAAUUGUGCUUAGUGCUCAAUGAAUUCAGAGUGCUUUUUUUUUUUUUUAUCAUUUUAAGAAAAGAAAGACAGAUCAUCUUUUACAGUUGCUUUUGUUUAUUGUUUUGUUUUUAUACUAAGUAUUGAUAAGUAGACCUCCAAUGACUGUUGAUCCUAUUUCACUUACAAUUUUGUUUAUACCAUAACUCACACAUACCAGUCCUUUGACCUGGUCCCUCCUCCCUCGACCUGAUCUCUUAUUACUCGCACCAAACCCAGUUUAUGUAUUUAUAUCUUCAUCUUCACAACUGUGCUCUCCAUUCCUUCCAGCCGAGAAGGAGAAAAAAAAAAAUUGUGAUUUUGAAAGUUAUAUAGAUCAUGGAGAAAAUAUAUUGAGAUUUCUUUACUUACGACUUCCCAGUGUCUAUUACAUUUGGACAGUUGUCACAGUAAUGUCUGUAAGGUUGCUAUGCUUACCCACGUUCUAUCAUUUUGCCUGUCAGAUUCACUAGGAAUGUGCUGUGUAUAUAAUUUUGGUAUUAAUUUAUUUUGGUAAGGGAGGUAAAAGCAAGCACAGAUAUAUGGUAAUAUACAUAGGAUUUUUAUGUGGCAAGCAAACACACACACACACACAUAUAUAUAUAUAUAUAUAUAUAUAUAUAUAUAUAUAUAUAUAUAUAUA